UGGAAUGUCAGUGUACGUCAAAGAAUACACGUUUACAUUUUUUGGUGCUGAGGAGGAUAUUAAUCCAAAGAGGAUGGAAGUGACGGAAGACUGGAUAAAUUCGUGCAAAGUGCCUGCUGCCCUAGUCAUCACCCAAAUGAUAGAAGCAUCAAGAACCUCUGAGACGUCGGUGAAUUUCUGCCAGAAUUCAUGGCACGACAACCAAGGAGACAGCCAUGUCCACAUUUGUCGCCAAGAGAACCUGAAGUCUCAAACAGUAAAUCGUUUUGUAAAGAAAAUCCCAGCAGAGAUAUCGCUAAGCAAAGUGUCAGAAAUGACUUUUUCUCGCAUUUUAAAAAAGAAAAUUGUGUCGAAAGUUAUUAUAAGCAAAUAAUGAGAUGUAAUUUUUCAAGCAAAAUUAAUUUAUCUCAGCAAAUUAUAAUCCAAUCCCCAGUAUUAAAUAUGAUCUAAUCUUGUAAAAUAAUCUAACAGAAGAUAAUUAGGGAGGGAUAGAUGUCCAAUUUAUGUACUUUAUGAAAGUAAUGAUGAACAUGUAAAAUAAGCUUGUAGGUACUGACUUCUAAAUAUGUUUGACUGCCGUUAUUAGUGUAAUGUUUCUGAGGGGAGAUGUUUAUUAAAGUGUAAUCCUGUAUGCAGCCUCUCAGCUUCGAACACUGAGCCUCUACAUAACGUAAUUCGCGACUAAUUUGUACCACACUAAUGCUACAGCUCAAGCAAGUUUUUUGUUUUUUUAGAGAGAGAGAAGAACUUUGUUUUCCUCUCUCCGGCUUCAGCUAAAUAAGUUGUGAGAAUCAUGUAGUGCAGAUAACAGUAAACAACUACUGAUAAUCCUGAAAUACGGUGUAGGAAUACAGAAAAGUGUACGUGCUUAUUUACGUUAGCCUUGUGUCAUGUCUUAUGAGUAGUGUGUCACAAGAAAACACUUUGUGAACAGAACUUCGUUGGAAGAAAAAUAAAGAAGGUGUUAUACAUGUGUACCGUAAAUGUCUGAGUCUUUACGUCUUAGGUGUGAUAUGGAAGGGGUAUUUUGCAGUGUAGAGAAAGGAGUUUUAUGACCUGCAUGUGAGUGAAAAUUACGUGUUCUUAUGUCUCGUAUAUCAUACAGGUACUGAGCCCUGUGUUUGGCACCAUUUUUCUUCGACUAAUAUCACUCAUGCUCGUUAUUAUUUGAACUGGCAGGCUGAGUUGAAAACUGACUAGUCACAAAAAUUUCCCCAAAAUUUAAGUUUGUUUCUGGGAUAAAUAAGUAAGACAAAAUUUGUCACAGUUUUUUCACUCUUAUCAAAGAUUCGA